CCUUGGGGCAGGUCCCUGGGUGCGAAGGAGGAAGUGAGUAGGUAGGAAAAGUGGAAUCCAGUCGUUUGUGGUAGUGGAGUCAUUGCUGCAGAGAAACUCUCGGCUAGUUCCUACCCCUUCAAGAGUGCUGGAGGCCAAACUUGGAAUACAAAUUUAAGGUUCCCCAGAGGGCAAAAGAUUAGGAAUUUAGUCCGUCUCCUCUCCCACCCCCCGCGCCCCCCGGCCCCGUCUGCAGCCGGAGCGGCCAGCACCGAUCCGGGUUAAAACUCCCAGGGAGACUCUUAGCAGCUCCCACUCGGGGUCCCCUUAGGGCUGGGCGUCUGGAUGGGCGCUCCCUCCAGGUCCUGGGACCUGGGAGGCGGCCGCUGAGCCCCGCGCCCUCCCGGAGGGCAGCCGAGGGGCUUCCACCAUGAUCACCAAUGUCUUCAGGAGGCGCCUGUGGGCCCCUGUGGGCGUCCUGACCUCACUGGCGUACUUAGUCCACCAGCGGCGGGUAGCCCUGGCCGAGAUGCGGGGGGCGCACGGCCAGCAUCCCGUCGAUCGGAGCCUACUGGAGUUGAAAAUGGUGCAGAUCGUGUUUCGACACGGGGCGCGGAGUCCUCUUAAGCCGCUCCCGCAGGAGGAGCAGCAGGUGGAGUGGAAUCUCCGGCUUCUGGAGGUCCCACCCCAAACUCAGUUUGAUUACACCGUCACCGACCUCACCGGUGGCCCGAAACCUUAUUCUCCUUUGGACUCUCAGUACCGGAAGACCGUGCUGAAGGGGGGCAUGUUUGCGGGACAGCUGACGAAGGUGGGCAUGUGGCAGAUGUUUGCCCUGGGAGAGAGGCUGAGGAAGAACUAUGUAGAGGACAUCCCCUUCCUUUCACCAACGUUCAACCCACAGGAGGUCUUUGUUCGUUCCACUAACAUAUAUCGGAAUCUGGAGUCUACCCGGUGUUUGCUGGCUGGGCUUUUCCCACAUCAGAAAGAAGGACCCACCAUCAUCCACACUGAUGAAGCGAGCUCUGAAGUCUUGUACCCCAACUUCCAGAACUGCUGCAGCCUGCGGGAAAGAAUCAGAGGCCGGAGGCGGGCCGCCUCUUUGCAGCCAGGAAUCUCAGAGGAUUUGAAAAAGGUGAAAGAGGGACUGGGCAUGGCCAGCACCGACGAAGUGGAUUUCAUCGUCCUCCUUGACAAUAUGGCUGCCGAGCAGGCGCACGGCCUCCCGAGCUGCCCCACGCUGGAGAGAUUCACACAGCUGAUCGAACAGAGAGCUGUGGACACAGUCUUGUACGUGCAAAGUGAUGACAGGGAAAGUCUUCAGAUGGUGGUAGGACCGUUCCUCCACCUCCUGGAGAGCAACCUGCUGAGAGCCGUGGACCCUGCCACUCCAGCUGGCAAGACCAGAAAGCUGUACCUCUAUGCGGCUCAUGAUACGACCCUCAUGCCUCUCUUAAUGGCCCUGGGGAUUUUUGACCACAAAUGGCCACCGUUUGCUGUUGACGUAACCUUGGAACUCUACCAGCACCGGGAAUCUAAGGAAUGGUUUGUGCAGCUGUAUUACCAUGGGGAGGAGCAAGUGCCAAGAGGGUGCCCUGACCGGCUCUGUCCACUGGACAAGUUCUUGAACACCAUGUCCGUUUACACCUUAAACCCAGAAAAAUACCAUACACUCUGCUCUCAAGCGCAGGUGAUGGAACUCAGAAAUGCAGAGUGACUGAUGGAUCUGAGCAGGAUGUGUUGACUUUUCAAUAAAAUGCCUUCUACGA